AGAACAAAUCAAAAUGCAAUUAACCCAAGCCUUACAGAUUAAAGAAGAUAGAAUAAAUAAAUUAGAACAAAGGCUGAUUAACCUUGAUCAAGAGCGUAUUAAUAAGUUACAAGAUAAAAGAAAAGAAUUGGGUGAAAUUAAUAAGGAAUUAUUAAAUGAAUUAACUGGUGGAAAAAAUACUAAAGAAAUUCAUAAAGAAAAAGAAGCUAAACAAAUAGAGAUGAAUGAACUCCAACAAGAAUUAUUAAGAACUUCAACUUCUUAUAAUGUCAAUAGAAAAACUCAAGUUUUCAAACAAGUCAAUAAUUUUCUGAAAGUUAAGGGUGAAUUCUUAACUUUACGAGAAGAAGCUAUUAAAAAAUUACAUAGUGUCUGUAAUCAUCUAGUAAGUUCUAUUAAUAAGGAAAGAAUUACCAUUGGCUCUAUUACAGAUAUGAAAAUCUCUAAAUUGACUGAUAAGUAUACUAAAGAAUUUCAAAGUAUUCUUGUAAAAUAUAAUGAUGGAUUAUUAGAGUUGAACAAAAAUUAUUAUUCCUUAAAGAAUGUUAUUCAGGAAAAUAAAGAGUUGGAAGUUAGCCUCAUGAUUGAAAAUAUUCUUAAGUUGAAUUCUUUUAAUCUUGAUAAAUACAAAAUUUUUAAACUUGCUACUAAUUCUCAGGAAGGAACCAGAAUUCAAUUAAAUUCUAAUAUGAUGGAAGAAGAUAUAAAUUCAUUAAGAAAUAAUUUGAAUGAAUUGAAAUUAGAAUUAAACCAAGAAAAAAAAGAAUUAAAAAAUUUAGCAACAGUUUAGAUUUAACCAUAUUGAUG